AUGCCGCGGCAGUGUUUCGCGGCCUACUUGCGGCAGCACUGCACAUCGAACGAGUGGCAAGCAGCUUGCAUUGUGAUGCUUCGGUGGCACCAAGAGCUGUUGGUGGCCCUUGGCGUGGUCGAGGCGAAGUGGGCCAAUGUGCCGAGUCAACAAGGCGUCCAGGUAGUGCACAGCAGUCGUCUCACAGACACAAUUCGAUACCGAGCGACAAUUGCUGGAUCAUUUGACGAGCUACAACGCCACGUGGAAACGUCCAAUGUGCUCCCAUUGCUGGCCCUUCCACCCGACGAAAUGGACGCGUUGUCGCUCGUGGCAACCACAACACAACAUCCACUGCUGCUGCAUGAUUCCAUCAACGACAACCUUUGGGUACAAUGGCAUGAAGAAUGCAUGCACACUGAAGCGUGUCCGGUGGGAAUCGCAACGCUGACCUUGUCCAACCACUGCUGGAUGGACCAUGGACGGAUCGAACUCACGCCAGACUGGAACGACGCAUUCACAGUGGUGGCGCUGCUCUACUCCCCCGGACCACAUGAUACUCAACGAAACAACGCGACAACACAAGUCAUUCUGUGCGCUCGAGUGUCCGCCAUGCACUCGGAGAUGGUCGCUACAGCGUGGCGUGAAGCUGGCAACAUGCUGACACGCAACAUGGUCCAGCUCCGGCUCAUGGCGGCGUGGUCGCUCGUACCUCUGGCUGCGAGCGGCAACGUAAUGUAUUCCGCACAGCAAAAGAGAAAGGCGUGCUCGGACUGUGGACAGUAUUGCUCGGACGGCAUCACGGACGUGUGCAUGGGGUGUUUGAUGACGCCGUCGAGGAUAGUCGAAGCUGUUCAAGCUGCUGGUCAAGAGUUCACGAUUCGAAUUACGACAUGUGCGACGAACGAUUGGACUAUGCCAGAGAGUGCUGUAGCCGACGAUGCCAUGGCGUUCCUUCUGUCGCUGGUUCCGCCGGCUUUCCCUGGAAGCAAAGCGGCUGCCCCAGCUUGCGACGUCCAGCAUGUUGGGCUCGGUGCUUUGAAAAAGUUGGCCCCGGCAAUGCGCUGCCGCUGCCUCGUGGGCGAAUUUGUACCUCAUUUCGAAGUGAAUUUGUAA